AUGAUGGAGGGAGAAGCACAGGACCACCUGCAGGUGCAGCAGCAGCAGCAGCAGCAGCAGCAGCAGCAGCAGCAAACAAGGGAGGACUUGCUGCAGUCACUGCCAAUGAGGCAAGCAAGUUCGUUCAGCAGCUUUGGAGGCGCGGGUAGUGUGGAUGACGAUGACGACGGUGAUGAUGAUGAUGGUGAUGAUAGCAGCGGUGAUGUGGUGGAUGAUGACCACAAUGGUGAGAGGCAGUCUCGACACGGAAGGGCGAGCGGACAUGGUGGUGGACACCCUGGGUUCACCCGCUCUCAAGCAGCAGGCGGGCACGCGUCAGACUACGGGUUUGACGUGACAAAUGCACAGGCCCAGUCAACCACUCGAGAAACAAUCGCGCUGAAGAGACAACUGCAAGAAUUGCGCACAAGAGCAGAAGCCGUCGUUGCGGAGAACGAAGCCUUGCACCGAGCACUUGAGCAGUCAAUGCAGCAGAACGACGGCGCAUCAGACCAGGACUUGAGUCAAAUCCGCCUCCUCAUGCAGGAAGUGGGCCUCCUCACCAAGACAAACACAGACCUCAAGCUCCAGCUCAAGAACGCCCAGUCCUCCGCCAAGCAACACUUGCAAGAGACAGUGUCGCUGAACGAUGAGCUUCUGAACCGGACCAUCCAGCUGCAGAAGCUUGAGGCGGAACUGAAGGAGCUUGCAGCACUGCGCUGGGGCAACAGCGAUGGCAAUUGUGACGCGAGUGCACAGGGAACACUCAUCGACAGAUUACAGCAGGAGAACGAGCAGCUCAAGCAACAGCUCCUCGAGCGCGGUGGUGAUGGUAGCAGUGGAGGAGCGAAGACGAACAAGGCCGCCGCGCGUGUUGCCUCUCUGCAGAAGCAGCUGCACGACGCACGGCAGCUGGUGGAGGCAAAGGAGCAGCACGCUGCACACCUGGAACGCAAAUUGCAACAGAGCAGCGAGGAAGUGGAACAUCUUCAGGCCCACAAGCGCCGCUUCGACGACAGCCGUCAGGCCAUGCAGGAAACCAUCACCGCCCUCAACACACGUAUUGCUGACCUCGAGCGAGAUAAGGAGGACCUGCGGACGCGACUGGAGACGACAAAUCAGAUGUUUGAUGAACUCCGACAAACGCGCGCUGAGGCUGUGGAAGGACGCCAGAUUGCCGAGGAGCAGCUGACACAGUUGAAGAUGCAGCACGCGCAGCUGAAGACAGCCAUGCAGCAAACCAUCGAGGCAGAGACAUCAAGUGCAGUGCAGCGAUACAAAGCAGAUAGCAUCAAACUGGAGGAAGCGCUCGUUGAUCGCGAGGAGCGGAUUGCAACGCUCUCCCAUCGCCUCGAGCGCCAGCAGCAGACAUCAGACGACCUCCGUGCAGAGCUGGACUUGGCGAAAGCUGGGCCGCAGGAUCAGCUGCACGGCUUGCAGGAGGCGAACGGCAAUCUCAUGCGCUCGCUCGCCGAAGCCCAGCAGGCCCGCGAUGACUUCAAGCUGCAAUGCGAGAUUGCGGAAUCCCAGAUGGCGGCAAUGCAAGAGGAGCAGCAGCGCACGCGACGCGAACACUUGCAGCAGUACGCAUGCGUAUGCAUGUCUGUUCGCGUCGACCACAGCUUGAGCUGCAGCAGGAGCGCCUUCGCAUCGCUCAAAGCGACAACGAAGCACUUCAAGCAAAAGCUAACGGAGCUGACGCAGGAGAGAGCGACGCUGCAGUCCGAGCUGAACAAAGCAAACACAGCGCGGCAAACAGCACAGCAAGAGGCGGCAGCUGAGGUCGAAUCGCUUCGUGCGCGGCUGCAGCGCGUGGAGAAUCAGUGGAAGGCGAGAUUGGCGCACGCAGAGCAACUCCAGCGCAAGGCCGUCGUGGAAGCGGAACACCUGAUGGAUUCGCGGCAGCAGCACUCCGCCUCGCUCGUGCGUGACGCAAGAUUUGCCUCGUCACGGCUGCAACAGCGAUUGGAGGAGGAGGAGCAGCGCUGUCGGCAGCUCGAGACAAAGAACCACUCACUCAAACGCGCGCUUGCCAAGGCUAACAGCCAAGUGGAGGCGGCACAGGAAAUCAUUGAUGACGAUGCGGCGCACGUGGAGCAGUUACAGCGGCAGCUGAGGACUGUGCACCACAAGCACCAGGCCGCACUCGCAUCCCUUCAGGACAGCAUGCAGCGUGAGACGGCGUUGGAUGGGGAACUGCAAGCAUUGCGCGUGGAGUACGAGCGGUUGAAGGUGUCACUGCCUCUGGCUCGCACGCGGGAACUGGCAGUUGGUGCAGGCAUGCACGAUGACGCUGCUGGCGACCGCGAUGGUGAUGGUUAUGGAGCAUAUGAUGACGAUGCAGCCCAUCACCAUGUUAGUGUUGCGGGAUGA